CCAAAAUCAAAACUCCAUAUGAAAGCUUGGCAAAUUGUUUCCCACAUUUUCUUCCCUUCUCAAGAGUUUGCCAAGCCUUCAUAUGAAGAUUUGAUUUUGGAUUGAAAAAAGGAGACGUUAGCACAUGUAACACUGCAGCAGUGUUUGGUCCUGGGGCCCUUUUGUGGAUGCUGGUUUUCGCUCCAACCACAAUUUCAAUCUCAGAAAUGCAACAAGCUGUUAAUGUUUCUUAAAUGUUUCUUAAUCUACAUAUUUAGAGGGUUUAUUUGCCCUUUUAAGGAAUUCUAUGGCAAAAAUAGCUAUGCAUACCACAAAGAAUAAAAGUCCCAUGUUCACAUUUGCAUUGUAUUUAAGAGGGUCAGGUAAAAAAUGUAUCUUAAAAUCCCUUUUUUAUUGGGGGACACUGCAUUCUCUAAAAAGUGAAAACAAAUAACAUUAACUUGUUGAAUAAACUGAAGAAUAUUUUAUUUGCCCAAAACGACAUUGGGCUUCAUUCACAAAACAUUUCUUAAAUUAUUCUUACUUUUGUUCUUAAAAAUGUUCCCACAAAAAAAAAAAAAAAAACAAUAUGGGAUUCAUGGCACGUGCUGACCUUCGUGUUUGUGCAUAUCCCAGGUGUAUGGGAUGAUGAAAACUGCCUAUUUAAAAGUUUUAUGUGCAAUCCCGUUCAUGUGAUUAGCAUUAAAUAACGGCCGUGAACAAAUAAGACAAGAAAGAAAAAGAAUAAGAUACUAUCUUACACACGGUUUACAAUCGUGAUCGUACACAUUUCGCGAAUGAGGCCCAAUAAUGUCCUUUGUUCUGUAUCUUGUUUAAUUUUUUAGAAGAUUCCCCUGUAUUAUAUACGUCAAAAUCUUUAUAAUAAUAUUGAUUAUUCAAUCUAUUAAAUAAUAUAGUAAUUGACUUCAAUUCGGUGUGACUACAAUAUUCCCAUCAUUGUGACAUCACUUGUUUCUAAUAUGCUUUAUCGUACGCAUUUAGUAUUCUUAAGAAACACUUCAGGUUUUUUGCGCGAGAAAUUCUGUUUCUUUUAUAUUGUUGUUUUGGUGUGUUGGUGCGUAAAAUUGGUUGCAAAUUUACUGCUAGGGAAGUCGUUCAAACUCGGGCACUCGUAUGAUGAUGACGCAGCGUCUGCAUCUCUCACUCAUAUCAGCCUCCUUUACAGACGCGAUCCACCAUCCACGCAGUCCGCUCUGCCUCGCUCUCUAUCUGCACUUUAUCCAUCCACUCUGAACGAAAAGCAUUUCGUUCGUUACUCACUAACUAAAACAAGCUGUGGAUAUGAAACGUGGCUAUCGUUACAGUCUGUCGGGGGAAACAUGGACAGGAUACUUAAACUUUUACCGAUGCACUUUAUAUGUAUUUAUCUUAAGUUUGGAACUACUGACAACCGUAUCAGAGCCCGCAGACCCAGGUGUGUUUGCGUUCUAUAGUGAGGAGGCGCAGGGCUGCCUGGGGGUGGAAGGCUCUAUCCUGCGGUUGCCGGGGAAAUGUGAUCAGAGCGCCCAGCAGUGGACGUUUGGGUCCCACGGGCGGCUGUUCAACCUGGGCUCCUCCCUCUGCCUUGGGCUGGUGCCUGAGGAGGAGAGCGGGAAGCCCGGCCUGAGGAUGUUCGGCUGUGACCAGGAGCCCGCCCGCUCGCGCUGGCACUGCAAGCUGGUGCUGGAGAGCCUGAGCGCCCACGUGCCCCACGGCUUCUUCCCCACCAACCGCACCGGCUGGAGGCUCUACGGUGACCAGCAGGACCUGUGCACCAUGGCCUAUCACGAGACGUACACCAUUCAGGGGAGGAACGCACAUGGGCAGCCUGCAUUCCUCCUGUACGACGAGCAGUGGUUCCACAGCUGCACCGGCGUCGGCCGUGAGGACGGGCACCUCUGGUGCGCCACCACCCUGGACUACGGCAAGGACGAGCGCUGGGGCUUCUGCCCAGUCCACACCAAAGACUGUGAAACGUUCUGGGACAUCGACACGCUAACCGGCAGCUGCUAUCAAUUCAACUUCCAGUCCACUCUCUCCUGGAACGAGGCGCGUAUCAGCUGCCGCCAGCAGGGGGCAGACCUGCUCAGCAUCACCGAGCUGCACGAGCAGAGCUACAUCAACGGCCUGCUGACGGGGUACAGCUCCACCCUGUGGAUCGGCCUCAAUGACCUGGACCUCAACGGCGGCUGGCAGUGGGCCGACUCCGCCCCCGUCAAGUUCCUGUACUGGGAGCCCGAGCAGCCCAAUCACGUGGAUGAGGAGAACUGCGCGGUGAUCCGCACCGAGUCCACGGGCCGCUGGCAGAACCGGGACUGCUCCAUGGCCCUGCCCUACGUCUGCAAGAGGAGGCCCAACGCCACUCUGGACCCCUUCAGCACUGACUCCUGGGUGGAUGAGGAGCAGAGAGACUGUGGGGCGGGGUGGCUCUCCUUCCAGGCCGGCUGCUACAGGCUGACGGAGGAGAAGAAGGACUGGGCUGAGGCACAGAAAAUCUGCCAGAAGAUGGAGGCCAACCUGGUCAGCAUCCACACCCUGCCAGAGCUGGAGUUCAUUAUCAACAACCUGAAGAGAGACGUGGAGCAGCUGUGGAUCGGGCUUCAUGACACCAAGGUGGACAUGAGCUUUGAGUGGUCAGACCACACGCCCGUCAUCUUCACCCACUGGCACCCCUUUGAGCCCAACAACUUCCGCAACACUCCAGAGGACUGCGUCACCCUCUGGGGACCUGACGGCCGGUGGGAUGACAGCCCGUGUAACGUCACGCUGCCCUCCAUCUGCAAGAAGCAGGCGCAGCGGACUGAGGCACGCACACAGGACCACGGCUGCCAACCGGGCUGGAGGUGGCACAGCCCGUCCUGCUAUUGGGUGGCAGAGGAUCAGGUGACCUUUGAGGAAGCCAGGAAGAUGUGCAUUAGCAAGCAGGCAGGCCUAGUCCCCAUAACAAACAGGUUUGAGCAGGCCUUCGUCAGCAGCCUGAUUCUGGGCCGGGUGGGUGAUUCCUUCUGGACUGCCCUGCAGGACCUCAACAGCACCGGAACCUUCCGCUGGCUCAGCGGAGAUGAGGUCUCCUACACCAACUGGAACAGGGACCAGCCAGGCCUUGGUAAGGGUGGCUGUGUUACCCUGGCGACUGGUGUCAGCACAGGCCUGUGGGAGGUCAGGGACUGUGGCUCUGACAAAGCCAAGUAUAUCUGCAGGCAGAACCUGGACACAUCUCUGAGCCCUGAGACCCCUGCCCUACCCCCCGGCCCCGCCCCUACCCCCAGCCUCACCGGAGCCUGUCCCCAGGGCUGGAAAAGCAGCGGCACCUUACGCAACUGCUAUAAGGUCUUCCACUUCUCACAGCAGGACCAGAAGCAGAGCUGGCAGCGGGCUCACCUGUUCUGCCGGCAGCACGGAGCUCACCUGCUCAGCAUCGCCGACUUCGAGGAGGAGCAGUUCGUCUGGCAGGUCCUCCAUGAGGCUUUCGGGGAGUCGGAGGAUCACGAGCAGCACUGGUUCUGGAUUGGGCUGAAUCGCAGGAACCCGGAUGACAAGGGGAGCUGGAAGUGGAGUGACGGGCUGGGGUAUUCCUACCACAACUUUGGCCGCUACUUCCAUGAGUACGACAUCCGCCAGUGCGCCGUGGCCGACCUGGGGACCAUGCAGUGGAUGGCCAUACAGUGCGAGUCCGAGCUGGACUGGAUCUGCAAGAUUCCCAAAGGAGCUGUUAAGGCGGAACCUGAUGUCACUGAAGAGGAGUCCAGUAGUCAGCAGUGGCUGAAGUUCCAGGAUGCUGAGUAUAAGAUCUUUGACCAUCGGUCCACCUGGAACCAGGCCGAGCGGAUCUGCACCUGGUUCCACUCCUCCCUGGUUUCUGUGCAUUCACCUGAGGAGCAGGCCUUCCUAAUGCAGACCCUACAGAAGGAGACCAAAGUGGAGGGGCACCUGUGGUGGGUCGGGCUGCACACCCAGGAGAAUGACGGGCGCUUCUACUGGGCCGACGGCACUGUGCUCAACUACGUCACCUGGGCUGCCGGCAAGCCCCGCCCCAUCAGCCGCGACCGCAAGUGUGUGUACUUGACGGCCAACAAAGAGGAGUGGGGUGACCAGAAGUGCUUCUCUGACCUGCCCUACGUCUGUAAGAGGGUCCACAUCUCUUCUGUCAACCCGCCCACCAGAGCCCCACCACCCCCGCCCGAGGGCUGUCCAGAUGGCUGGGCCCCUUUUCACCGCAAGUGUUACAAGGUGUACGGGCAUCAGGAUACAAAGCGGGUCACAUGGUCAGGAGCCAAGACCCUGUGCGCGACUCAGGGAGCUGGUCUGGCGGUGCUAACCAAUUCUCUGCAGCAGGCUUUUCUCACCACUCUGUUGCCCAACAUCAGCUUCAGCCUGUGGAUCGGGCUCUCGGACGCAGAAAGGCAGUUCCAGUGGAUUAAUAAAGAUCGGCUCACCUACAGUAACUGGGCCCCUGGAGAACCUGUGGGCCGCAGAGACCCCGUGCUCACGAAGGCGGUGAACUGUGUGGUGGUGCUUCACGGGAACCCAAAGAAGAACGCUGGGAUGUGGGCGUCCCGAAGAUGCGAGGUGGAGAGGCACGGCUUCGUCUGUCAGAAGAGUAAAGAUCAAGCCCUGCCCCCGAGCGUGGAUGCUUUCCCCCCCUCCGCCUCGGGACCGCUGGAGUUCGGGGGGGUGACGUACCGCGUGCUGAGCCGGCCGCUGGACUGGACGGGGGCGGUGCACGUGUGCGACUCGCUGAACGCCACGCUGGCCUCCGUGCAGGACCCUUUCCAGCAGGCCUACCUCACCCUGCUCUUAAGCACCCUGCGGUGGCCAGCCUGGAUCGGUCUCUACGGCAACGGGGCCCGCAGUUACUCCUGGCAGGGGGCAGGGCCAGUGACCUACAGCAACUGGUUCAAUGGGAAGCCAAGCCACACAAUGGGGUGUGGUCACAUGGUACAUACCGGCCAAUGGGGCGUGAGGCCCUGCGAGGAUAAAUUGGACUUUUCAGUCUGUCAGCUGAACACAGGGCCAGGCAGUGAUCAUCCCUGGCGUUUCUCUGGGUUCUGUCCCCGGCCGCUGGGCGGGUGGAGCUGGGUUCCCUUCCGCAACUUCUGCUACUCCUUCCACCUGGAGCGGCUGCAACAGCACCGGGAGGCCAACAAGACCUGCGCCAGUGUGGGUGCGGAGCUGCUGUCCAUCCUGGAUGAGACAGAGAACACGUUUGUGUGGGAGCACUUGCGGGGAUAUGAAGAUCAGGCCCAGGGGGUCUGGCUGGGUCUGUCCGUCAACAGCAGGGGGGGCAGCCUGGCUUGGCCGGACACCUGGGGGAAGAAGGAGGUGGGGUUCACCAACUGGGAGGUGCAGGACACCAAUCUGAGCAUGCUGUCGGCCAACACCUGCUUCUGGGUCCAGAGCAGCAGCGGGCUGUGGAUGCCUGGGCCCUGCACCAACCGCACGCAGGCCGUGGUCUGCAAGACCCUGCAAAGUGUGGAGUCUUCUGUGACGGUAGUGUCAAAUUCGGAGGGGUUCCCGGCUCUGGUUCCGGUGCUGGUGGGGAUUCUGGUUCUGGUUCUGGUUCUGCUCCUGGCAGUGGUGGCGUUCCUGUACCGUCGCGGCCGGGGGCAGUCCCGGGGCGCCUUCGAGGGGGCGCGCUACAGCCGAUCCAAGGCCUCACCCGAGGGGCAGCUGGAGAAGAACAUCCUGGUGUCAGACAUGGAGCUGAACGAGCAGGCCGAGUAGCCCUGGGACGGACGGACAGGGCGCAGGGGCAGGGGCCGGACAGACGGACGCACGGAGACGCCCAGUCAUCGCUUGCCUCUCCACUGGAGAGGCGGAGACAGCCCUGCGGAGCAAUGUGGGUGGAGCCGGAUUACAGACCCCGCCCCUCAGCCCACUCAGCAACGUGACCCUAGCCACACGUCCCUUUCCCUACAUGCACCCAGUCGGAUCCAUUUUAGACGCGCCCCUUUCCCUACAUGCACCCAGUCGGAUCCAUUUUAGACGCACCCCUUUCCCUACAUGCACCCAAUCGGAUCCAUUUUAGACACGCCCCUUUUCCUACAUGCACCCAGUCGGAUCCAUUUUAGACGUGCCCCUUUUCCUACAUGCACCCAGUCGGAUCCAUUUUAGACGCGCCCCUUUUCCUACAUGCACCCAACCGGAUUCUGUUGUCUUGGUCAGCCCACAGGCCCACCCAUAUGAACGAUGCCAUAUGGUGGUCAUUACCCCCCCCCCCCCGAACAGUGCUGAAGUCGGCAGUGUACUGAAGCAUGUCUGUUACUCUGCUUUGCUACUCAAACGCGCAUACCUGAAGGAACACCUUCUUUCUGAAGCUGCUGUAAUGCUCUUGCUGUCUCACAUGAAUUGUGCCCUGCUGCAUUAAAUGCUGAGUCACUGCUGUUCCAGGUGAUGAGCUGCCAUGUUUUGUGGGCUAUGACAGCUUCCCUCUGUACUUAAGAACAUUAGAAUAUAAUGAUGAGAGGAGGACAUUCAGACAGUCGAUGCUCAUCAUUUACCUACAGUGUAGACUCUAGAGAGCAUCCAGCACCAUGUCAAACCUGGAUCUGAAUACCUGUUAUACACAUACCAGCCCUCUAUUAUGACACAUCCAAGUAUAUCUGCAGUGAAGCUGAAGUUUUUGAGCAGUGCAGCUAUUGUGAAUGAAUUAUUGUUGGGAAAUGUAAAUUCUGGGUGGGGCAGCCCUGGUCUCUGCUACUCCUUCUCCGUUUGUGAAAGGGGGGGCCUGCGUUUUGGGUAUUGCUUGAGUAGAGCUGCUGACUGACCUUCAGAUUUCAAACAGGUAGGAGAGUGCUGGAGAAACAGGUCACAGUGAGAUAUGUGAUUCAUAAUCGGUGUGACUCCACAGUGAGAGAUGUGAUUAAGAAUCGGUGUGACUCCACAGUGAGAGAUGUGAUUAAUAAUCGGUGUCACUCUGGUGAGAGAUGUGAUUAAUAAUCCGUGUGACUCCACAGUGAGGGAUGUGGUUAAGAAUCGGUGUCACUCUGUGGUAGAGAUGUGAUUAAGAAUCGGUGUCACGCUGCAUGUAGUCGCCCUAUCUGCAGCCAUGGUAACAGCGCUCCAGUCGCCAUGUUUGCUCAUCCCGUAAGCGGCCCUGCCAUUUGAAAAAGCAGGCUUCUUAUGUUAAACAGCUGCGACUUGAAGCUGCAGUGAUUAGUUAUUACUCAGAAUUACAGGCAAGUGCUACUACACAGUACAUUAUACAUAACAAAAAACAAAAAAUCACUGAAUCACUAAAAUUUCUUAAAUUAAAAACUGGCCUUAGAGUGGGUUGUGUGAUCAGACCUGCACUUACUGUAUGUUGCUUCAGAUAAAAGCAUCUGCCAAAUAAAUGUAAUGCAAAUGUAAUGUAAUCAGAUAAAUUGAAAAUGGUAAUUGUCAUGAGUUAUACAUGAACAUUCACCAAUCACUGGUGGUUAUUGAGCCAGGAAAGAGCAUGAAUUCUGUACCUGACUCUCACGCCGUCUGCCAUUGGUCAGUCAGUCACUUGCUCCUGCAAUGAGAAAUACUCUCACGUUGUCUGCCAUUGGUCAAUCAGUCACUAGCUCCCAAGCGGCCAAAACCAGACUUCGUUUUUGAAGCUCAUUUCCUGGUCUUGUUGUUCCUGGUUGCUCACUAGCGCCACUACGGUUGGCUCCAGUAUAGGUGUUUUCAUAUCCGGUUUCCAUGUAAGUCUGUGCGAAGUCAGAAAAUGCAGGCAUCCCAUUUCGUAGUGAUUUCAUUAUGGCAUGUGCUAUUUACAGCUGCAGUAGACGACCGUAAAAUAAUCCUCCUCUUAAGUUUUUAGGUAGGCGAGUCAUUUUUACUAUUUCCUUUAGCCUACUUAACCAAAUAAUUAGUUGGCAGAAAGCGUAAUCAGCUUGCUAUAUUUGGUAGUCCAGUAGCCUAUGCUAAAACUUUGCAACUUCGGCUACCAAGCUAUUUGACUAGCUAGCUAACCCUAACCGGCAAAUAUUCAAUCUGUCAAACGUGUUUGACGGCUUGUCAGUCGUGUACAUUCCGUAAAUGUCUACCUGGGCCAUGCUUCACGCAUGUGGCAAAGCUACUAUAAUCCCGAUUUUGGGAUAAACAUUGCAAAAUUUUCAGUUUCACGAAGCGAAUGAAGAGUCUUAAGGUUUAUUUGCUGAAUAGCAUACAACACACGAUGAAAUCACACACACACAAUUUAACGAAAUUAACCAUCUUUGUAAGACUGGCACUUAGAAAGGAACAUGUUUUUAACAUUUAAGAGACCGACAAGAGCAUUUAAGACAGUGGUUCUCAGAAUCGGUCCUGGGGGCUCCUUGCGUAUAUUGGCUUUUCUCCAUUGGUUUUGAUGAUUUACAAGAAGAAAAAAAAAGCCUAAUAAUAAUUAGAAAUUCAAUGUACAUUAUUUUUGUCUUCAUGCACCAGGUGGAAAACUUGCUGUACAAAGUGCGUUGUCAUAUUUACACGCCUGCAGAUCAGUUAUUAAAAUACUUGGUAGAUUUGUUAAUCAUCGCUGACAGUGUUCAUUUUUAUUCGGUAGAAAGUGACUUGCGAACGAUCGGUCAGCUAGCGUCACCCAGCAAGUGAACACCACAGAUGGCGAUGGAGUAGCUAGUAGCAGUUACUGGCUCAUUAACUGACUGUGGUGAAAACCUACGACAAUAAUUUGCUCGGUUAACAGCAGGUCUACCAGACAGUUGUAUGAAAAUUAGCCUAGUCAAAUCACCAGUAGCCUACACGUCUCUGAUUGAGUGACCAUUAGUGUAGUCGAUGUUCUUCCCCUGUGGUUCAUAUUGCUAAUCCGUGAGCUAACCAUGGAUAGCCUACCUAGCUCACUGGCAAGCUGAUAUGCUAGCUAAGCAUAUUCGUUUUGCUGAGAAACAUAAAUUGAAGAUAACUGAACAUAAUUGUAUUAUUAAUGUCAUACAUAUAACGUGAUUACAUGACACAGUACAGUCACGGAUGGAAAUUAAACUCCGUAAACAUUUGAUAAUAUAUUUUAAAACAUAACGGCAGACAGUCAGCUAGCCUCAAGUUCGUUCUGCAAUCGUUCGUUCAGGUUGAUGGGCUUUUCCGCACCGGACUGUCAAUCACAUUAAUCACAAGACCGCUUAUGGUUUUGGCUCCAAAUCGACAACAUAGCCACGCCCACGCCCGCUUCAAAACCUGUUUUAGAGACCCACGGAGAGGCAAUGGGUGACGUCGCAGUAGCUUUGUCCAUAUUUUUUACAGUCUCUGCUAGCUCCUCCAGUGAGAAAUACUCUCACACCGUCUGCCAUUGGUCAGUCAGUCAGUCGCUCCUCCAGUGAGAAAUACCCACACACUGUCUGCCAUUGGUCAGUCAGUCACUUGCUCCUACAAUGAGAAAUACCCACACACUGUCUGCCAUUGGUCAGUCAGUCAGUCGCUCCUCCAGUGAGAAAUACCCACACACUGUCUGCCAUUGGUCAGUCAGUCACUUGCUCCUACAAUGAGAAAUACUCACACACUGUCUGCCAUUGGUCAGUCAGUCAGUCGCUCCUACAAUGAGAAAUACUCACACGCUGUCUGCCAUUGGUCAGUCAGUCACUCACUCCUACAAUGAGAAAUACUCACACGCUGUCUGCCAUUGGUCAGUCAGUCACUCACUCCUACAAUGAGAAAUACUCACACGCUGUCUGCCAUUGGUCAGUCAGUCACUCACUCCUACAAUGAGAAAUACUCACACGCUGUCUGCCAUUGGACAGUCAGUCACUCACUCCUACAAUGGGAAAUACAUCAGCCUGCAAUAUCUGUCUGGGCAGGGUAGAGGGGUGGUGGGGUUGUUAAUUUACCAAGUUUCUGAUUUUUAAGAAAUUUUAUCCCAAAGCUUCACCUCCUUUAUUUCUUUUUAUCUGUUUCUUUCUUGUUUGAUUGUGGAGAGUCCUUAACUUUGAGUGGAAUAGGUUAAUGUCCUGAAAGAAGAGUUUCUGUUUCUACUCGUUUAGGAGACCUCGUCCACUGAAUGUGCUGUUCCUUAGGAUGUGGUCUCAUUUUUCCAUCAGUCCCCAUGCCAUGGCAGACUCACGCAGUUCCCUUGCUGUGAUAUCUGUUGAGUUGAUUGACUGGUUCAGAAGCCAGACAUUUUAUCUGAAUUAAGCAUAGGCUUCUGUGCAGACAACAUGGCCUGUUAGUCAUGCACUGUGUGUGAGAAACGAGUGGUGGAGGGACGUAGCAAAAGGAGGGGAGAGUUAAAGGAGAGCAGGGAGGGAGGACGUCCUAAAAAUGCAAACAGAAAGUACGAUGGGAAGAGAGGAGUACGCAGAAGAACAAUACAGGACUGGAUUGGUUUCAGCACUGCCCCCUGGUGUACAAGCUGUGUAGUGAUCCUGAGCGUAGCCAGCUGUGGAGAAGAGCAUUCGUGAGUCGGUUCUGAGCCAAGAUUUGCGGUUUUCUCAGUCUGGGCCGAUGAAGAAGGUUUGAUGUUAAUUUUACAUCCCUGUUGCAGGAGUUUGAAAUAAGCACCUGUUAUUUUUGUUUUUUAAUGAAAUGAAUAAAGUAUAUGUUUGCUCUGUAAA